GUUGUACUUCUUGUAGUAUCAGACCCGGAGAUGGCGGAAUGCUGGCAGAUUGGCAGAUUGGUUGUGACUACUCCUGGUGGUACAUCUUUGAAGUUGCACCUCUUUAAACCGUGCCACAAUUUUUACUAGAUUACAGUGGCAGGCGAUGGAAGACAGGAGCCUGAAGUUGCACACAAGACCACUGCUUGCGCGAAACAACCACCGCAGAGACUUUGAGAGCACUUGAACCUGCUGCCAGCUGGCAUUGAGAGAGCAGUCCUUCCCCCACGGCUGCACCGAGAUGGUAGAUGGCUUCGAUUGCACCACCUUACGACGACGUGGACGGUGUUCGGAAACUUCCCAGGCCGCAUACACCGAGGCCAGGGCACUGAGCGUCGAAGAGAGGGAAUCACGACAAGCCGAUGCGCAUGCUAUAUCAACCCGGGCGGCGAUCGCAGGUUUUACUAGUAGCAUUGCUGUCAAACUUGAACUUCCAGGCUCCACGAUCGACCUGGCACGGCAGUGCUGAGACCAGAUCGCCGCUGCCAGAUCUCGUGCUACCAGUACCAGUCCCACACCAGCUGUUCCACUGCCACUGGCGUCUAAUGUUUCGUGCUUCAAAGGUCCGACUCGACAACCUUGUUUGCGCCACACAAUCAUCACCUGGAUUGCCAGUGUCUCCAUGAAUUGCAGCUUGCCCAGUUACUCCGGCACCUGACUGGCUCCGUCGGACACUUGUCUGAGAUGCAGUGGUAGCCCUGUCUCUCGCGUCUGUGGUCUCAAAGCAGCUUAUGAUUGAUGGUGCUACCACUAUUAUGCCUUGAGAUCCCGGAUCGUCAAUGGGGCUUCAGGGAUCGAAGCUACUUCUGGACUUCUGCCAUUGGUUUGAUCUCAUGCCGGUGAUGCAACAAUUCAGGUCGGCUGCCAUUUAAACGGCCCUCUUAGCAGUGGCCGAAACUUUGAUGUCGCCGCAUCGACCUUAGUACGGGACAUGACUGCAUAGUAUUGGGUCAAUGACCUGUUUCGAGAGGUGAUGUUUUCUCUCGUCGGCCAUGUGGUGCCAUAAAAACGUGGGUUGUCGUGGCUUGUACACUCGUUUGAUCUCUUUCGGGGGCGUCACGUUUCUUUCGCACCACAGCUUCCGUCCACGGCCCCAAGUGAUGACUAUUCAUCUGCUACAUAAUGAGACCAGCAUCCAAGAAGAGCUCCUCAGCGGCUGGGCAUCCAUCCUUAAACUCCCAUGAUCUCAGCGACUGAGACAGCGACCGACUACUAGGCUAUUUCAUGGACUCUGUCAUACUAACUUGGGUUGGUUGAGCACAAUGACAGCUCAGCGUGUCCUCGUCUACCUGUUACGCCGAGACCUGCGUCUCUGUGACAAUCCGGUCUUCUAUGAAAUACACAAACUUUCCAAACAAGCGUCUCCUCCUUUCACACAUGUCCUGCCGAUAUACGUUAUCCCGGCUCAACAGGUUGAAACCAGCGGAUUCUUGCCCGAUCCAGAAUCCAUAUCGCCAUUUCCCGAAGCCAGGUCUGAAGUGGGAAAGUUCUGGCGCUGCGGUCCUCAUCGAGCCGUGUUUCUGGCAGAGUCGGUGUGGAGUCUGAAGCAAGACCUAGAAAGAGUAGGCAGUGGUCUCCUCAUACGGGUCGGUCAGUUAGGCCAGAUUGCGCAAGAUGUUUUCGACCAGUUCCGUACCCAAGCAUCAGACGCCAUCGUUUCGGCGGUUUGGAUGACAUCCGAAGAAGGCGUUGAAGAGAAGAGAGAGGAAAGAGAAGUGCGAAAGGCUGCACAAAAAGCAGGGGUUGAGUUCAAAUUGUGGCUCGAUGAGAAGUAUUUCAUUGACGAUCGAGACGUUCCAUUGAAGAAGCCAUCUGAUCUGCCAGAUGUUUUCACAGCUUAUCGAAAAUCCGCAGAGCCACUCAGAGAAGCUCCGAGAAAACCUGUCUCGACACCACCCUCCCUACCGGCGCUUCCAUCAUUCCUGCCGAGCCAGCCGGCGCCUUUCGCCAUACCCGAUUCAUUUGAGGGGAUGAAAUCUGCGCUGUUGAAGCCGCUCAACAACCAGCCUCUCCUUGCGGACCCUCCGGCAUUUCCUCCAGGGGUGAAGUCGGCACAUCCGUUCCGUGGAGGCAGCCAGGAAGGACUCCAUCGAAUCCAGCAUCUACUGAAACAAGGGGUCAUGACUAGAUACAAGGACACUCGCAACGGCCUUCUCGGGACUGACUUCUCGACCAAACUCUCGGCCUGGCUAGCACUCGGCUGCAUUACCGCUCGGCAAGUCCAUGCUCGACUCGUCGAUUAUGAAGAAGGUUACGAUGAUCAAUACCAAGGCACUGAAGGGUAUGGCAAAGGCGAGAAUGCAGGCACUGCAGCCGUUCGCUUUGAGCUUUUGUGGCGCGACUACAUGAGGCUAUGUACCAGAAAGUUCGGGCCUCGAUUGUUCAAAGUCCAAGGCUUUCGCAACGACACCUCUUAUUCAUGGAAAACACCCGACCAGGAUUCCAAAGUGGCAGCUAUGUUUCAGAGGUUUCUCCGUGGGACAACUGGUACGGGUCUUAUCGAUGCCAGUCAACGCGAGCUCUAUCUCACGGGAUAUACGAGCAAUCGAGCCCGGCAGAACGUCGCAAGUUACCUUGCCAAACAUCUCGGCAUUGAUUGGAGACUUGGGGCGGAAUGGUACGAAGCCAAUCUUGCCGAUUACGACGUCUCGAAUAACUGGGGAAACUGGCAGUAUGUGGCUGGUGUCGGGAACGACCCGAGAGGCGAAGCUCGGGUGUUUAAUCCUGUCAAACAGGCUUUUGACUACGAUCCCCAAGGUGAGUAUUGUAAAGCUUGGGUAGAGGAGUUGCGCGCCCUACACGAGCCACAGGAGAUUUUUCAGGUGUGGAAGGUGCUACAAUCGCGGAGGACUGCCUUGGGGCUUCAAGGCAAUGAAAUGGUUGAGCGGCCGCUGGUCAAGAUUGACUUUAGAGUCGGAGCGAGAGGAAGUGGAAGAAGAGGAGGCGGCGGUGGUGGCGGUGGGGGGCGUUAUGGAGGCAGCAGUAGAGGCAGUUCGAAGCCCGAGGGCCGCAGUGGCAGGGAGCACAAUGAUGAUGGGUCCAGAGGAAGAGGCUCUGGCAGCGAAGGCAUGGGUUCAGGUUCAAGUUCACGGAGAGGACACCGCGGACGGGGAAUGGGAAAGAAUGAUGCUACUAGAAGUACAUGGGUACGAGGUUCAAGUCGGGAGGUAGUUAUAGGUCGUCCGCGCCAGUGUCUGCCUGUGGUGGACGACAAGGGGCACAAAGCUCUUAAGGACGAGAACUCAGAGGAGAUCAAGGAGUCUCACAAUUGAAUUGAAUCUGAAUUCCAGGGCGCAACACGGUACGCUUUGCCAGUGAUCGUCAGUUGCAUAAGGCACCAACUGCUGGCACCAAUCAGAACCGCCUGCUCGCUCGAAGCAACGAGAGACUCGGGGUGGUAUAUAGGUAUCUAUAUGAGUUUCAAAGCUAAGAACGAAGGCGUGGGAGACUCAGAAGGCAUAAACCCCUGUCCCGCCAACAUUUGGAGACAUUCAGUUCAGGCUGGUUGGUACUCCCACCGUGACCGGGCUGGAUGGCAUGGCCUGACUGUACAGUACUGUAUGAUUAGACCGCCGAGUCACUGCAGCUGCUGCCGAGUAUCUGAGAUGCAGUACACCAGGAGCAGUAUAGCAUAGCAUAGCAGAGCCACGUUUCCUCGGAUCGUACUGAGAUGGUUGUCAUCCCGCCAUCGUUGCGAUGAUGAUGGUAAUUAGUCAAGAUAGGUAGUGAGAUGGCACAGUGAUAAUGGUGAGAAUAGCAAGGAGAGCGAGGAAUGGA